UGGGUGGCUCAUGAGGAAGGGUGCACCGCAGCCAGCCACUUUGCCAUCAGAAUCUCGAGUUUCCGGGUAUUGGAGUCGGCCAGAACCAAAGAAUGACGUUCGCGACACAAGAGUCAACUUGCCGGUACAACGGUGCGGUUACGCCUAUCUCGCCCAGCUCUCAACAGGAGAGCUUUUUCGAUGACAACGAGACUUGGCGUGAUGCUCCUGUGCUUACCGGCACCACAAAAUUCACUCCUCUACCUGAUGUAAAGAACAUCAUGGUUACGGGAGGCGCUGGUUUCAUAGCGUGUUGGGUUGUCAGACACUUGGUAUUGACGUAUCCAGAAGCCUACAACGUCGUCUCCUUCGACAAGUUAGACUACUGCGCAUCGCUCAACAACACCAGGGCACUAGAACAUGAGCCGAACUUUUCGUUUUACAAAGGCGACAUUACGAAUCCUUCCGAGGUCAUGGACUGUCUGAAGCGGUAUAAUAUCGACACCAUCUUUCACUUUGCCGCUCAAUCACAUGUCGAUCUGAGUUUUGGAAAUCCAUUCGGUUUCACUCACACCAAUGUUUACGGCACCCAUGUUCUUCUCGAGAGCGCAAGGAAGGUGGGCAUCAAGCGCUUUAUUCACGUGUCUACCGAUGAAGUGUAUGGUGAGGUAAAGGAUGACGAAGAUGAUCUUCUGGAGACGAGCAUUUUGGCACCCACCAACCCUUAUGCGGCCAGUAAAGCUGCUGCCGAGAUGUUGGUGAACUCUUACAAGAAAAGCUUCAAACUACCAGUCAUUAUAGUGAGGAGCAACAAUGUUUAUGGUCCUCAUCAGUACCCAGAGAAAAUCAUUCCCAAGUUCACCUGCUUACUCGCCCGCGGAAAGCCCGUUGUCCUUCACGGAGACGGCUCGCCCACUCGCCGCUAUCUCUAUGCAGGUGACGCCGCCGACGCCUUCGAUACCAUCCUGCACAGGGGCCAGCUAGGGGAGAUCUACAACGUUGGUUCUUACGAUGAGAUUAGCAACCUGUCGCUUUGCCACAAGCUCUUAGUCGAAAUGGAGAUUAUCUCCCCUCGAUCUCCUUCAUCAUCUCCUCCUUGCAACUACACCACAUCACCGCCCUCGUCGUGCCCCCCUGUGGCAGAACAAGAAGAGUUCCAUCGCUGGGUCAAAUACACCCACGACCGCCCUUUCAACGAUCAUCGGUAUGCCGUUGACGGCACCAAGCUGCGAAAACUGGGUUGGGAGCCGAAAACUAGCUUCGAAGAAGGGCUAAGGAUCACAGUGGACUGGUACACACGGUUUGGGGAAAGGUGGUGGGGUGAUAUCACCAACGUGUUGACGCCUUUUCCCAUUACAGCUGGGAGCGGAGAUGGGGUGCUGGAUGAGGAAGGGGCCGAGGUGUGUGACGAGCCCGUCACUUUGGGGUUUAUAAGAGAAGAGACGGCGGUUUCUGCUUCAUUGGAGAGACUGAAGGAAACAUCGAAUUCUACCAGGUCACCAAACCCACAACAUCGACAUCGACAUCAAGAUCAACAUCAACAAAAACGUCGCGAAAGAGAAUAUCACCACAAAACGAGGGAAAUGUCGCGAGACAACACGAAUUAUGGAUCUAAUGGGAUACCAAGGAGCUGUACCCUGGGUUCUCCACGCCUAAGAGAUCCCGCUACCAACACCGGGCUAGCAAGUCCAGGGAUCACAUUAGAUGAGGAGGAGAGUCUCGAUGAUGAGGCUACAGAUGAUCGACCCACGACCCCUUACGACGAGCCACAAUCACGAAAUAAGCGCAAGCUUUCGACCGUGGUCGGAGAUGAUAUCACCAAAAACAGCUUCAACAAAAAGGCCCGGGGAACUGUUGCUUAGGAAGGUGGUCCCGGUGCUAACUUGCCGUGGAUAAGAUCAAUGAGAAGGUUGUGGUUUUGCUUUUUGGGGGGGAUGCCGAGGUAUGAAGGUUGUUUGAGUGGGAAUGGCGCAGGGGUAGCAACUGAGGGUUGGAGAGGGAGUCAAUUGUCUUGGGUUGAUUUUGGGGUCAUAGGAACUCUCGUCUGGGGAA